GAGUUACUGUAUCUGUGGUUUAGGUUGAUCCAUUGGAAGUUACUUAAGUAUUACCUUUGACACUGUAAAGAAGUCAUUCAAAGAGUGAUACACAGAAAGAUUUUACUGCUAUUGUUACCACAAAUAUUGAAAUAUAGAUUUCUGAAGGUAAGAUUUUCUAUAUGUAAAUAUAGAGUUAUACAGAGUUAAAUACACAGUUAUAUAAUUGUAAUUUGUUGAGCUGAGUUUAUUAAAGUGUGGAAGAAUGGAAAAGAAUUAAAGAAUGGAAGUGGGUUAUCAAAGGAAAAUAGGGCAGAUUUUUAGUUUGUCAUAAAAAGCUGAUGAUAGAGCUGUCACAGAGCUUCACAUUCUUCACUGUUGCCCUCAAUCCAGCGGAUCUGCUUUUUGAAUAAUGAAGCCUGUUUUUUCAGAAGCAAGUCACAAAGACAUCAAGCUCAGAUGAUCAACCCAGUGGCUCUACAAAACGCACUAUAAUACAUUUCCGCCCUAUGAGACAAGAAGGUAUAUAGUUUCUCAGAUUAAUUGUCUUUUACCCAUAAAAUCUUCCUGCUCUAAGGCCUGAAAAUUGUUUUAAAAAAAUUAUGAGUAAUGAGUGUUGGACUCUAAAAUGUUUCUACCAAAUCAACAUCAGAUCACAUUGUUCAAAUUGUUUUCUUAUUUCAUCUGACAUGAGCUCUAACCAUUUCUUUUGCAAGCAGGGCCAGGAUAGAAGUGUGGAAGCAGAAUUGCUUAACACUCAUCAUUCUGUCUUUAAGUGGAACAAAUCUACAAUAUAUAGUCAGGAUUAUCAGCCUGGAAUCACUGAAUACCAAGGGCCAAACACAAUGAUGGAACCUGUUCCUGGGCCACCUCACGAUUUCCCACAAUAUUGGGAGGAUGGUUGGAUUGAAUCGCUCCCCAUACAAUCAAGGGCCAAACAUAAACUGUGGCACAGAGUUAUCCAUCAUCUGCUCCUCGGACACGUUACUCAGCGUUUUGGGAGCAUGUUUGGACUGAAAGAAGAAUAAAAGCCCAUGCAUGGCAGAAGAUGAUAUGUCAGUAUAAGACGUCAGUCAAGUGUAGGCAUGACAAUGUCUCACUUGCAUCUCAGUACACUGAACCUGUGAUCACUCAGAGAAAUAAAAAAGGCGGUUUUCAGAAUAUCAGUGUGGAGGAGUUGUUCCACAUUGGUCUGUUUUAUCGACCUAUUAUUCUCCAAGGAAAUUCUGGUAGUGGAAAAUCUUUCAUAGCACAAAAGAUUAUGUUGGACUGGGCAUCUGAAAAACAUUACCUUAAAGACUUUGAUCUAGCUUUCUACCUGAGGUGUGAAGAGCUGAUGUGCCUUUCUGAGGAGAUGAACUUGAUUGAGCUCCUGAGCUGGAAUUGUAAUUUUUCAUCUGAUCAGAUCUCACAGAUGUUACAGAACUCAAUACAGAGAGUGCUCAUCAUCAUUGAUGGACUUGAUGAUCUGGAUGACCUUAGAUUCAUGUGUCAUGAAUUUUGCAUAUCAUCUAAUUUAGAGAGAGCCCCACCUGAGGUCAUUGUUUGUUCCUUGAUUCGUAAACAAAUCCUGCCCAGAUCUUUCCUGCUCAUCACUACUAGAACUGAGGUCCCACAGGGCAUGUUGUUUUUAGGACAACAGCAUUUCUUUAAGAUUGUAGGUUUCUGUGAGAAAGGGGUGGAGGAGUACUUCCAGAAGUUCUUUCAGGAUGAGGAACUCUUCAGGAAAGCUUUCAAGUAUUUGAAGGCAAACAAAUCCCUCUUCGCCAUUUGCUCCUUUCCUGUUAUCUGCUGGAUCAUCUGUACGGUUAUGCGAGAGAGGUUUAGUGACGGUGUGGAUGUGACAAGUGGACUGGAAACCACCACCUCUAUCUACACUGGCCUUGUGUCCACUCUACUGGAGCAUCACUGCCAGGGUUUGAGUCAGUCCGUCCUGACCAUGCUGAGGAGUCUGGGUCAGCUGGCAGAGAAAGGGAUGCUGGAACAAAAAGUCUCGUUCGAUGAGAAAAAUGUGAAUGAAACUAUUUCAGACCCUGCUGCCAGUCCAUUCCUGUGCAACUUCCUCUCUAGGAGAAGAAUCCACCAGGAGACGAUGUUCAGUUUCAUGCAUCACAGCUUUCAGGAGUUCUUCACUGCUCUGUACUAUGUCCUUCUGGAUGAAGAAGAGUCCCAGAGGAAAGUGAGAGAGCUGCUUCACACUGUAGAGAGAGGAUGGGCUUUGUCCUGUUGGUCUGAUAGAGACUUUUCAGUGGCAGGUUUAAAAACAAGACAUUCAGAGCUGCUGCAGCCUGUGAUUUUGUUCCUCUGUGGUCUCUGUAAGAAAGAAUGGAUCCCGUCAUUCUUUAAAAACCACAACAUGACUGUCUCUGUCAACACAGAAACCCAGCUUAAGGAAUGGAUCAAUACGUGUUCACAGAGAUAUCAAAAUGAACACAUGCUGUUCAUACUCCAUUGUCUCUAUGAGUUCCAUGACAAGAGCUUUGUUGGGAAAGUUUUGGAACAUUUGAGUUCGAUAGAUCUGUCAAAUAUUCCACUGAAAAAUGCAGACUGCUGGAUGUUGCAGUUUUGUUUGCAGAACUGUGUUAACAUCAGCAAUCUGAGACUCAAUAUAACAUCUGAAAAUCUGAAGAUUCUUCAGUCUGCACUGUACAGUUGUAAGGAGUUAUGGUUGAAGGUGGAUCACAUUACAGAUGAUACUGGGGAUUUGAUCUCAGCGCUUGGUGAAGGAAAGAUCAUGAAAGAACUGAUAAUACAGGAUCAAAAAGGAUCUCUGAAGAAACGGACCAAAAGCUUCUGCCAAGAGAUUAUUGCAUCAGUUGAAAAUGAAGAUCUCAUGCUCUUUGUUUGCUGCUCAAAAAUGAGACCAUCAUCAAUAGUCUCAGAAUUUACUCUCACCUGUUCACGCCAAGAGAUUUCCACUGUCAACUGGAGAAUCUUCCUACAGAAACUCUGCAGAUCAACAGGCUCUCAAGCUUCGUCAGUGGAUGAAUUGUUCCUUCUGGAUGUCCUGCAGUCUGUGUCUGGUCUAAAGAAAGUCCAUAUGCAGACAGAUAGAUGGACUGUCAGAUGGAAUCCCAUAAUCCUCUCCCUUGUCCAGGCCUUUCCCAGUCUGAACGAACUCAGGAUAAAUGCAACAGUUUCAUUUAAUCCAUUGAAGAUUAUACAGUCCCUGAGGGAAUCACUGACACGGACAGGUUGGACCCUGACUGUCUGGAGGAAGUCAGUGCUGAUUGAACGCGACAGGAAGAGUUUCACAGUUUCACAGUUGAGGACAAUAAAGACCGAAAAUAUUGAGAGCAAAAGAGCUGAAUCAUUUUCAGGACAAUCAUCCUCAGAUGAUGCAGAAGUGUUCACACCUGACCAUGUUCAGGAAGAUGAUGAGGACAAACACAAAAAUUCAUACAGGUUUGUGUGUCCACAUGCUGGUCAUUUUCAGUGCACCCUGACCAACAUUGUGUUUGUGAUGGAGGGUGAAGGAGAGGUGCGGUAUAAAACUGUCUCAUGGGAUCCUCAUCUGUUAGAUGGUUUGGGUCAGAUGAAGUCUGCAGGGCCCUUGUACAACAUUGACUGCUUUCAUGGUUCAAUCUCAAGACUGCACCUUCCACACUGUGAAAUCUCUGAGGAAAACAAGGACGGUUUGGCUGUUGCACAUUUAACUGGCGGUAAUAUAGCAAUAAUGCAGCCUCUCCAAGUGACUGAAACUCAUGUGAUGAUUGACAUCAGAGAUCUCUCCAUCUUUGGGCUCAUAAAAAGGAUGAUCUUUCCUCCUUCCCCUGUUGCUGCCCAAGUGCUCGUCUUUCUGCGUCCGAUAACUUUGAGACAGAGAGAAAACAUAUUGGAUGUCCAUUUGCUACCAUGGAAUGUUCCACUGUCAGAGGUCAAGGACCAGCACACAGAGAAUACCCACAUUAAAACCAGUUCAAAGUGUUCUCUUACUCCGGCAACAGAAUACGGUCUGUGUUGUCAACCAGAGGGAUCUACAGUGCAGCCGGAGACUGAGAUGUUUGAGUGUCAUUUUGGUCCAAACUAUCAUCCCACAUUUGAAGUGUUUGUGAAUGUCAACAUUGAGGAGGUCAAGCUGAGUCUUUUAGAUAAAACUGAAGGAAAGGAAGUGUGGCUUCCACGACGAAUCCCUCUCACAGCAUCAGAUAAAGAUGCAGACCCUCCUGCUCACAAAAGACUCACAGAAUCUGUUUUUGUGAAAAAACACAGAGCUAAACUUAUUAAAAGAGUUUCAUCAGUGAUGGCGAUUGCUGAUGGUCUGAGGACUAAUGACAUGAUUACAGAUGAAAUGUAUAGUGAAGUUCGUGCUGCAGAAACACGACAGGAGAAAACAAGACUCUUGUUGGAUGCUCUUGACUCUGGAGGAGCUUCUGUAAAAACAGAAUUCUACAGACUACUGAAGGACGAAGAACCUUUUCUAGUAGAUGAACUGGAGUCUGGACACAGUGGACAGCAGUAAUGCUGAGAGAACAGGAACUUCAGUCCGUUUGAGACAUACUGUAAACGCCAGCUCCAGCAUUAAUAUACAUGUAUAUUUAGAGAGAGAGAUCCAGAAGCUUAUUUUCUGUAAAAAGUUUGUGUAAAACCUUAUGAUCAUGUUCUAUAGCAUAAUUUAAGAAAGAUCAAGUGAGCAUAUUUUGUUUUGGUGGAAGCAAGAACAUCUGACCAUCUGUACAAUGUCAAAACUUUGCAUAAAAAUGACAAAACUUUGCAUAAAAAUUGUAACAUAUUUUCUUUGAUUUAAAAUGUUCUAAAUCCAUAAACUUUAUAUCCAGGUUUACGUUUUAGAUUUAGAUUUUAAUGCCUAUAUUUUCUGUUUGGACUCUGUAUUAUGUCUUUGUUGAUGUACAGUUAUAUGCGUAUAUGUUUUACUCUGUGUUAGCCUGGAUUUGUUUACAGUUUUUCUGGAUUGCUUAAACACAUUUCUUGAAACUAUGCUUCAUAUUCUCAAAACAGUAAACACAAAUCCAUAACUUCUCACCCAAUUCCCCAAACAUCCUAUUUUCAGAUCAAAAUGAAGCUCUACACUAAAAACCAUUUACUCUUGCUGAAAAACCAAACUUUGCCCUCAGACAUCACACACAAGCCCUCAAAAACACACACACUACAACAUAGUCUUACACACUGGUGAGAUAAAUUCAAAACAAUACU